AUGACGGAGGAGUACCAAGAUUCAGAGAUUCUGUUCCCAGAGAACCCCUUCGGGAACAGAAAAGAAAUCCAAUAUUCGAUAGUAGAGAAGAAAAACAACAAGAAAACACGAAAGAAGAGGUCAGCUCCUAUGAACAUCCGGGAAGAAUUUCCCGGAGGUUUAUGGAUUCGUGAAUAUCUACAAACACAUUCGUUUGACGAAGAAGAUGCCAGAGAAGAAGAGAUAGUGCCGCCCCAUGUGAUCUUGGACCGUAGGAUCGCUGGAAAAGCGGCGUUUUCUCUUUGCUCCGGCAUCGGGAGGACUUUGAAAGGAAGAGAUUUGAGUGAAGUCAGGAAUUCAAUUCUUAGGAUGACAGGAUUUAUUGAAUCCUAA